CAUUGAGUAUUUUGUGUUAUCGUCACCGUCCAUAGUGCAGCAAGAUUGUGGUAGCGUUCUGUAAGUAGGCCUUAAAAAACUGCGACCAACAUGGCAAAUAUCGUAGUUUUCCUGGGCGAUCUUUUGUCAUCGCUUGGUCCAGCCACUGUUCUGGUCUUCGUGGCAGUAUUGUUGCUGAGUCUGUGGGCGUUAACGCCUCGGACGCCUCGGGUGAACUGGCCGCCCGGGCCUUUCUGUUUUCCCAUGGUGGGCUGUCUCCCACAGCUGAUAAUCAGCGGUAGGAGACGACAACCGACAGAUCUUCUUCCGUGGUAUGAUACAUACGGAGAUAUCAUGCACAUCAAAAUUGGCGAACAGCACAUGGUGAUACUGGGGACUAAAGAGCUUCAACAAGAGGCCUUCGUGAAGAAGGCGAGUUCAGUGAGUGAAAGGCCGCUUUGGGUUUAUAUCUUCGAUCGUCUUGUGGGAAAGGACGGAGCUGGAGUUAUAAUGAAUUCUGGCCAUGCAUGGAAAGAACUCAGGCGUUUCACACUCUCGUCUUUUCGAGAUCUCGGAGUGGGCAAACAUAGUUUGCAAGAAAGGAUUCAAGACGAGGCUAGAUACUUGGUGCAAAGUAUGGAAGAUGAAAAUGGAAAUCCUUUCUCUCCCAGGGACAGAAUUGGAAAGGCUGUCAGCAACAUCAUUUCUAUAGUUGUUUUUGGCACGAGGUGGAAUUAUGACGAACCUUCAGAAAUGUUGACGAAUGUGGAUCAGACCUUGCGGUUACUUACCGGAAUUCUAAUCUUCACAGACUUUGGACGCGUUUUUACGCCGACAAAGAAAAUAUUUGCCCUCGUAGAUCGUCUACGUGAAUUGAUUGCACAAGAACUGGAACGACACCGCCAGACCUUUGAUCCAAAUGACAUCCGGGACUUCAUUGACCUCUUUAUAAAGGUCACCCAAGAGGGACAGGAUCCUGAGGUCUUCACUGAGAAGAACUUUUUUCGCACAAUCGCCGAUCUGUACAUGGCCGGCACCGACACAACGGCCAAUACUUUGAGAUGGUCCCUUGUCCAUAUGGUGAAUGAGCCACAUGUUCAGAAGAAAGUACAACAGGAAAUCAAUGAGGUCAUAGGUCAAGGUCGAGUUGUCAAGAUGGAGGACAAGAUCAGGAUGCCCUACACUGAAGCAACCAUCUUGGAGGUUUUUCGAAUGUCGCCCGUCGCCCCUUUUGGCGUCGCACAUGCAACCAGCGAGUCGGUGGAGGUGGGUGGAUACACCAUUCCCAAGGGAACGAUAGUGAUAGCAGAUCAGUAUCGGAUAUUACACGAUAAAUGUAACUUCGAGGACCCGUACCAGUUCAAACCAGAAAGGUGGCUGGAUAGUUCUGGGAAGGUGACCAAGUCUGGCGCAUACAUACCAUUCUCCACAGGACCUCGUGUUUGCUUGGGCAAGGGGCUGGCCGAAAUGGAAGCUUUCAUUUUCUUCACCACGUUGAUGCAGAACUUUGUGUUUAAGGUGCCAAAUGGCGAGAAACACCCCAAUGGAAUCGAAGGCAUAAACACAGGGGUCUUUAUGCCGUACCCCUACAAUGUGGUUGCGGUGAGGCGUUAAGAUUCAACUUUAAGGACCUAACGGCUCGGGUAUCGUAUGGCAGAAGGGCCAAUUUCGUUAUGGUGGAAGAAUCGCGGUACAUUUAGCUCGUCGUUGUUUUCAAUCUUAAUGGAGUCACAACCGCCCACUAUUUAGAGAAAAAUGACGUCUGUUUUUUGUUUCAUUUAAAAGAGAAUUAUUUCAAAUUAUGUAGUGGUUUUGUUUUCCAUAUAUCUUAAAUUUCUCUCAUACUGAAGGUGCAUGAAACUGUAGAUCAAUGUCAGAUAGAGCCUAAUUUAUCAUAUUGAAAGAUGUUGACACUGCCUUUUAACAGACCCAGGCUAAGUCCCUUUGACAGCAAUCAAGACAGUUAAUUGCUCUGAUUAAAAUCACUUCCUCUUUUGUGACAGAUAAAAAUAGCCCUUUCUGAAUAGCUUGUUUGCACAUAUUGAAGUUAACUGAGGAAUCUCCUUCGUAGCUCCCUGCAGAGCGGGUACAAUGCCAUCUGCGUGCG